AAAACACGCGAGACGCGAGCCGGGCGCGGGCGUGAGCCGCCUUAUGGACGUGUGAGCCACUGGCCCAUUGGUGAGGUGUCCGAUGUCGAACGGCAUCGACUUGCUGGGCCUCGACGAGGCUCCGGCGCCGGCGCCGCCGGUGACGCCGCCGAGCCCGGCGCGACAACAGGCGAAACAGGACUCGGAGCUGAUUGCGUACCCGUCCGCGUAUGAGUCGGGGUAUGGAACAGCGGCGGCCACCGUGCUGGAGGGCUCCAAAGAGAAGCGAUACGUGGUGCGAUGCGAAGGGCGCUGGCGUGUGAGGAAUGCUCCCUCACUGAGCUCCCGAGUGAUUGGGACCGUCGCCACUGGUACCGUUGUGAUCGGCGAGGAUUGGGGCGGAGAGAUCGAUUCCAAAGAGAUCGUGGAUCUUGAGCCGACAGGCCUGACGCAGCAGGAUGACCGCCUCACCACUGAGGUGCUCAAUAAGGCGUUGACGAGCCUCACGGAGCUUUGGGUGAAGGUGACCCGACUGGAGGCACAAGAGCCUAUGGGUGUGUCCGAGAUCCGACGUGACGCAGCAGCAGGGGGGAUCUAUUGCCUGCGGCGGAACGCCAUGGGUUACGGGCUCUACCAGGACGACGCUGAGCCUUUGGAGGGCCCCAUGGUUUUGCUGCCGGAGCGCUUGUCCCUGGAGCUGCGUCUGGAUGCACAGAAGGCAGCCUCCGAGAGGAAUGAGGACGUGUCCCUCACCUGGAAGCUGCUGGGCGCCGCGGAGAGCCUGGGAAGACUCUUCUCCGAUGAGGUGGGUCUGAACAACGAGGACCUCAAGGUCCCCGCGAAGGUGCGAAGGCCCGAGGAUAUGUUCGAGCUGAAGCAACGCGACCAGCUCAAGAAGGCGGUGGCUUCUGUCCGAGCUCCCGUCACGGAACUGGUGGAAAAGGCUGUGGAGCAAAACCUGGACGGCGACCUGCUGGCCGGCCUUCCGAAAGAUCUCUGGAGGCGCUUCGCGCGGCUGCGGGAGGCGCUGGUCACGGCCACGAAGGAGGCGGACUCCUUCGUGGUGUGCCCGCAGAACGCCGGACGGGAGGAGAUGACGGGCCCCAUGCCUACUGCUGAGCCAGUGGACGGCAGCGUCAAGGAGCUGUCGGACUUCGUAGCGCUCUGCGAGCGCCUGGAGCGUUUCGGUGGCUGGACCUGCCUCGAUUCACAUCUGCGACAGGAGGUCAUUGCCUUCAGCAAUCACGCGGGGGACAUCCAGAAGUACGUGCGCCGGCGCUGCAAGGAGCUGAAGGAAGGUGUCAAGUCGCCAUCGAGCCAAGGCGUGUCUGGCCUGGAGGACUUGCUCGACACCUCAAAGCCGCCCAGCCGAGGCAGCGCCCCGAUGGCGGUGCCGCCUUUGCUGAAACCUCCGCCGGUGUCCUCCUGCAGCGUGCGCACGAGCCAGUGAGAUGGCGAAAUCGUCCGAGAAGUCGGCGGUCCAAAAGCUCUGGGCAGUCGGG